UUUGGAACGGAAUCACAUGAGAAGAGAGGAUCAUCAGGAGAAGGUUUGGGGAAAAUAAUCCAGAGAUUUCCACAGAAGGACUGGGAUGAUACACCUUUUCCACAGGGAAUUGAAUUGUUUUGUCAACCUGGUGGGUGGCAGCUGUCCAGAGAGAGGAAGCAGCCAACGUUCUUUGUGGUGGUCCUGACAGAUAUUGACUCAGAUCGUCAUUAUUGCUCAUGCCUAACCUUCUAUGAGGCAGAGAUCAAUCUCCAGGGAACAAAGAAGGAAGAGAUUGAAGGUGAAGAGGAAGUAUCUGGUUUAAUCCAGCCUGCAGAAGUGUUUGCUCCCAAAAGCCUGGUGUUGGUAUCCAGAUUAGAUUAUCCAGAAAUUUUUAGGGCUUGCCUGGGUUUGAUCUAUACUGUAUAUGUGGACAGUCUGAACGUCUCCUUAGAAAGCCUCAUUGCAAACCUUUGUGCGUGCCUUGUCCCGGCGGCUGGAGGGUCUCAGAAGCUCUUUUCAUUGGGUGCAGGAGAUAGACAGCUGAUCCAGACUCCUUUACAUGAUAGUCUUCCUGUCACAGGCACUAGUGUGGCUCUCCUGUUCCAGCAGUUGGGAAUUCAAAAUGUCCUCAGCCUCUUUUGUGCAGUCCUCACAGAAAAUAAGGUUCUCUUCCAUUCUGCAAGUUUCCAGAGACUUAGUGAUGCUUGUAGAGCCCUGGAAUCUUUAAUGUUUCCUCUUAAAUAUAGUUAUCCUUAUAUUCCCAUUCUCCCGGCUCAGCUACUGGAGGUUCUAAGUUCCCCAACACCUUUCAUUAUUGGAGUACAUUCUAUUUUUAAAACUGAUGUCCAUGAACUUUUAGAUGUAAUCAUAGCAGAUUUGGAUGGAGGCACUAUUAAAAUUCCUGAAUGUAUUCACCUCUCUUCCCUCCCAGAACCACUUCUACAUCAGACUCAAGCAGCUCUUUCUUUGAUUUUACACCCAGAUUUGGAAGUAGCAGAUCAUGCUUUUCCCCCUCCACGAACAGCUUUAUCCCACUCAAAAAUGCUGGAUAAAGAAGUACGAGCAGUUUUCCUUAGAUUAUUUGCACAACUUUUCCAAGGAUACAGAUCAUGCCUACAGCUUAUAAGAAUUCAUGCAGAACCAGUAAUACAUUUUCACAAGACAGCUUUCUUGGGGCAGCGUGGUUUGGCUGAGAAUGAUUUCCUCACUAAAGUACUCAAUGGAAUGGCAUUUGCAGGUUUUGUUUCAGAAAGAGGUCCUCCCUAUAGGUCCUGUGAUCUAUUUGAUGAGUUGGUAGCCUUUGAAGUAGAGCGAAUUAAAGUAGAAGAAAAUAACCCAUUGAAGAUGAUAAAGCAUGUCAGAGAACUUGCUGAGCAACUAUUCAAAAAUGAGAAUCCAAACCCUCACAUGGCAUUCCAGAAAGUGCCACGCCCAACAGAAGGAUCCCACUUGCGAGUUCAUAUUCUUCCUUUCCCAAAGAUUAAUGAAGCCCGGGUUCAGGAAUUAAUACAGGAAAGUCUUGCUAAGAACCAGAGUGCACCGCCUGCUACACGAGUGGAAAAGAAAUGUGUUGUGCCAGCAGGUCCACCUGUUGUUUCGAUAAUGGAUAAGGUGAUGACAGUUUUCAACAGUGCACAGAGACUGGAAGUUGUUAGAAACUGCAUCUCAUUUAUAUUUGAAAAUAAAACUUUGGAGACUGAAAAGACCCUUCCUGCUGCCCUAAGAGCCCUGAAAGGAAAGGCAGCAAGACAGUGUCUUACUGAUGAAUUGGGUUUACAUGUCCAGCAAAACCGGGCAAUAUUAGACCAUCAACAGUUUGACUACAUAAUAAGGAUGAUGAACUGUACUCUACAGGAUUGUUCCAGUUUAGAAGAAUAUAACAUUGCUGCAGCAUUACUCCCUUUGACCAGUGCUUUCUAUAGGAAACUUGCCCCUGGAGUCAGCCAGUUUGCAUACACCUGUGUACAAGACCACUCCAUUUGGACUAAUCAGCAAUUUUGGGAAACAACCUUUUACAAUGCUGUACAGGAACAGGUUCGCUCCCUGUAUCUCUCAACCAAGGAAGAUAAUCAUGCUCCACUUCUGAAGCAAAAGGACAAGCUUCCCGAUGACCAAUUUCAGGAAAAGACAGCAAUGGACCUUGCAGCCGAGCAACUCCGCCUUUGGCCUACUCUGAGCAAAUCAACUCAGCAGGAGCUGGUGCAGCGUGAGGAAAGCACUGUCUUCUGUCAGGCCAUUCACUUUGCAAACCUCAUGGUCAACCUGCUGGUUCCACUAGACACAAGUAAAAACAAGCUCCUAAGAACGUCGGCCCCAGGUGACUGGGAAAGUGGAAGCAACAGCAUUGUCACAAACAGUAUUGCAGGAAGUGUAGCUGAGAGCUAUGAUACAGAGAGUGGAUUUGAAGAUUCAGAGAAUAAUGACAUUGCCAAUUCUGUUGUGCGUUUCAUUACCCGAUUUAUUGACAAGGUUUGUACAGAGAGUGGAGUUACACAGGAUCACAUCAAGAGCCUUCAUUGCAUGAUACCAGGAAUUGUAGCUAUGCACAUUGAAACUCUAGAAGCAGUGCAUCGAGAGAGCAGAAGACUUCCACCAAUACAGAAGCCCAAGAUUCUUAGACCUGCUCUGCUGCCAGGAGAAGAAAUUGUUUGUGAAGGUCUUCGAGUCCUGCUGGAUCCUGAUGGCAGAGAGGAGGCCACCGGAGGCCUGCUUGGAGGCCCUCAGCUCCUGCCAGCAGAAGGAGCCUUGUUCCUCACCACAUACAGAAUUCUGUUCAGAGGAACUCCCCAUGAUCAGCUAGUUGGUGAGCAGACAGUUGUGCGGAGCUUUCCCAUUGCCUCCAUCACCAAGGAGAAGAAGAUCACAAUGCAGAACCAGCUACAGCAGAAUAUGCAAGAAGGACUGCAGAUCACAUCAGCAUCUUUUCAGUUGAUUAAAGUAGCUUUUGAUGAAGAAGUGAGCCCAGAAGUAGUAGAGAUCUUUAAGAAACAGCUGAUGAAGUUCCGUUAUCCUCAGUCCAUUUUCAGUACUUUUGCUUUUGCUGCUGGACAAACUACCCCACAAAUAAUUUUACCCAAACAGAAGGAAAAGAACACAUCCUUUCGCACCUUCUCAAAAACAAUUGUGAAAGGUGCCAAACGGGCAGGGAAAAUGACAAUUGGGCGGCAGUAUUUAUUAAAGAGGAGGACAGGGACAAUUGUAGAAGAGAGAGUGAAUCAUUCUGGAUGGAAUGAAGAAGAUGACAUAUCUGUUUCAGAUGACAGUGAACUCCCCACAAGUACCACCCUGAAGGCCUCUGAGAAGUCUACAAUGGAACAGUUAGUGGAAAAAGCUUGUUUUAGAGACUAUCAGCGUUUAGGUUUGGGAACCAUAAGUGGCAGCUCUUCCCGCUCAAAACCAGAGUAUUUUCGAAUCACUGCGUCCAACAGGAUGUAUUCACUCUGCCGGAGCUAUCCUGGCCUUCUAGUCGUACCUCAAGCCGUACAGGACAGUAGUUUACCAAGAGUAGCCCGCUGCUAUCGACACAAUCGCCUGCCUGUUGUAUGCUGGAAGAACUCAAGAAGCAGCACCCUGCUCCUCCGAUCUGGAGGAUUCCAUGGGAAGGGAGUAGUUGGUCUUUUCAAAUCUCAGAACUCCCCUCAGGCAGCUCCUACCUCCUCUUUAGAAUCUUUCAGUAGCAUAGAACAAGAAAAGUACUUGCAAGCCUUACUGAGUGCAGUUUCUGUCCAUCAGAAACUCAGUGGCAACAACACCCUUACUGUCAGGCCAGCACUUGCUAUGUCUCCAGUGCUUGGGUACAGAGAUAAAUGUUUUACUCAGUCAAAUCCCAAACCUUCAGCUAAGGGAAGAGUCCAUAAUCAAGGUGUAUGGGCAAGUCUUCGCUCUAGCACUCGCUUGAUCAGCUCUCCAACAUCCUUCAUUGAUGUUGGCGCCCGGCUGGCAGGCAAGGAUCACCCGACCUCCUUUAGUAACAGCACCUACCUACAAAAGCAGCUCUUGAAACGCCAAGCAGCCCUUUACAUAUUUGGUGAAAAGUCACAACUAAGGAGCUUCAAGUUAGAAUUUGCUUUAAACUGUGAGUUUGUUCCUGUUGAAUUUCAUGACAUCCGACAAGUGAAAGCCAGCUUUAAAAAACUAAUGAGGGCUUGUAUCCCAAGCACCAUCCCUACUGACUCAGAAGUGACCUUCCUGAAAGCCCUGGGAGACUCUGAGUGGUUCCCACAGCUUCACAAGAUAAUGCAGCUGGCUGUGGUUAUAUCAGAAGUACUUGAGAAUGGUUCCUCAGUUUUGGUCUGUUUGGAAGAAGGCUGGGAUAUCACUGCACAAGUGACAUCCCUGGUUCAGUUACUCAGUGACCCCUUUUAUAGGACACUUGAAGGCUUCCGGAUGUUGGUCGAAAAAGAGUGGCUGUCUUUUGGUCAUAAAUUCAGUCAGCGGAGCAGCUUGACCCUCAGCUGUCAGGGUAGUGGUUUUGCUCCAGUCUUCUUACAGUUCUUAGACUGUGUACACCAGGUUCACAACCAGUAUCCAACUGAGUUUGAAUUCAAUCAAUAUUACUUAAAGUUCUUGGCUUUCCACUACGUAUCUAAUCGCUUUAAAACAUUUCUUCUGGAUUCAGACUAUGACAGAUUAGAGCACGGAACUUUAUUUGACGAUAAAGGAGACAAGCAUGCCAAAAAAGGAAUUUGUAUUUGGGAGUGUAUUGAUAGGAUACAUAAAAGGAGUCCUGUUUUCUUUAAUUAUUUAUAUUCACCAAUGGAAAUAGAGGCCCUGAAGCCCAAUGUAAAUGUCUCCAGCCUCAAGAAGUGGGAUUACUACAUAGAGGAGACCCUGUCCACAGGACCUUCAUAUGACUGGAUGAUGCUGACCCCUAAGCACUUACCCUCUGAGGACUCUGAACCUGCCAGAGGAGCUAGGCCCCAGAGCCAGAGGAGAACAGUGUGGCCAUGCUAUGAUGAUGUCAGCUGUACUCAGCCGGAUGCUCUCACCAGCCUUCUCAGUGAAAUUGAAAGAUUGGAACAUAAAUUGAACCAAACCCCCGAGAAGUGGCAGCAGCUGUGGGAAAGGGUAAAAGUGGACCUUAAAGAAGAGCCAAGAGCAGACCAUCCCCAAAGACACACUUCGGGCUCCCCAGGAAUUGUGUCUACCAACCUACCUUCCUAUCAGAAGAGGUCCCUGCUGCACCUCCCAGACAACAGCAUAGGGGAGGAGCAGAACGCCAGCAUCCCUCCAUCCAAUGGAGUGGACCGGAGAGCCGCCACGCUGUACAGCCAGUACACGUCCAAGAAUGAUGAAAACAGGUCCUUUGAGGGAACUCUUUACAAAAGAGGGGCUUUGCUGAAAGGUUGGAAGCCCCGUUGGUUUGUUUUGGACGUAACAAAACAUCAGCUGCGUUACUAUGACUCGGGCGAGGACACAAACUGUAAAGGCCACAUUGAUCUGGCUGAAGUGGAAAUGGUCAUCCCUGCUGGCCCCAGCAUGGGAGCCCCAAAGCACACAAGUGACAAGGCUUUCUUUGAUCUCAAGACUAGCAAACGUGUGUAUAACUUCUGUGCCCAGGAUGGACAAAGUGCCCAGCAAUGGAUGGACAGGAUCCAGAGCUGUAUCUCUGAUGCCUGAUGCCCGUGGUCAGUCCGAGCAGAAGAGAGAGAUGGACUCAUGCUGCCAGAUAGAAAAGAAGAGCAUGGAGCUGACAGCUUCCUUUCGGUUCUGAUGAAUCAUCCCAGGGCCUGAGGCUCUCCUGCCCGGUCUUACCCAGUUCCCCUUUCAGCUGUAGCUGUGUCUACUUAACCUGCAUGGGUGUGUCACACAGGUCUGGUCACGCGCCCCAGGAACUCCCUGUAUCUUGCACUAAAUUGUUCUAACAGGGUCUUAGUGAUUAGGGAUCAGAAGAAUGCCUCCUGAGCCACUUGUCAUCCAUCUUCUAGGCAAAAUGGCUACCACCGACUUGGGUCCUUCUUCUCAAGAUCAUGAUUUCCUUGGAGAGCUUUUUGGCAAACAAGAACCCCUCCAAGAUCACCCUACAUGCUACAUAGAAUGGGUUUCCCAUCAGAGGCCCUACUCUUACUGCCUGACCUUAGAGAUGCUCAGUUCUCUGGUGCUGCCAAAAAUUGCUUCCAUAAUCCCUGCUGUGCCCUUGGGGUUCACAGCAAGAGGCCUCGGUGCUCAGUGGCAGGCAGAGGGAGAGCACAGGACUAUCCUGAUGGAAAAAGAUGGUCCAGGGAGUGAUGCUGCAAUCAAUGACCAGGCCAGUGCAGGAAAAUACUGCCUCUAGAACACUACAUUCUCUAGACCAGAGGUGCUCUGAGGAUUUAGGGCCUUGUGCUCCAGUGUUUUCUUCUGCUCCCUGUCAGCUUCCUACACAAAAUAACAUGCAAAAAGCUGAAUGCACUAACCCACAAAACAAACACUUGCACUGAACUCCUAAUGAAGGGAAGACGUUGGAAAGACAGAGGCCAGCCAUUUAUGACUACACAACACCUGCGACAGGUGUGUAGACUGGUCAGACCGUGGUGGGACUGGACACCCAGACACCACUGCUGUACAAGAAAAGUAAGAACUUUUAGAUUUUCUUUACGUUUGAUAACCUUGUGUUUGUUCAGCUUAGGAUCUGAUGAAUACUGUUUGCUCACAGUGAACAGAAACAGCACCUCUGCUGUAGCCACUGGCGCCAACUGGAGUCAUAGUAGCUAGAUCAUUGCAUUUGUUUUGAAAUGUUAAUAUGUUAAAUAUCAAACUAAUAUUUCAAAAAUGUGUAUAUAUGAUUUCUAUAUUCUUGUUUUUCAGACAGUCUGCUUAUAAUUUAAUAUAAAAUUAACUAAGCUGAUUCGUAAGACUUUAGUAGUGAAACUAUUCCCUUUUUUAAAGAUAAAAAACCACUUUGUCUUUUUAGAUUAAAAAUAAAUCAGAUUUUUAAAUUUAAAAUUAUCUGCACACUAGGAAAUAGAACUGUGUUAAUAUAUAAGAAAUUGGGAGAUAACAAGAAUGAAGGACUUUUCUAUCAUUUUCAUUUAUAAAUUGCCACCUGUGAAAAUGGUUUUUGCACAUUAUUUGUAUUUUCUUUGUAUAUGAAAUAAUUUUUUGUACUUUGUAAAAUAUGGAGCCCAUUGUACCUUCAGCUAUUUGAGACUGUACAAACACAGUGCUUUUGUAACUGGAUUCUUUUAACGUUCAUAGAGGCGCUACAUGCCUUACCUUCACUAACCACCUUGAAUUAAAUUUAUUUCUUAAGAAAAAAA